AAUGAAAAUACAAACUAAAAAGCUAGACACAGGUGAAGCUGCACACCAAGUGCUUGAGCUUAUACUAAACCUAAUCCAUGGCUCAGUCGAGUUCUCUCUCUGCAGAAACCGAGUCAUUAAGUCAGGUCUUGGGCCUUAUCGAAACAUUCAAAGCUUUCGAUUCAGACAACGAUGGGAAAAUCACAGCAGCAGAGCUCGGUGGGAUCCUAGGAUCGCUUGGUUACAAUCCGCUCGAGCAAGAUGUGAGGGCAAUGAUGGAGCAAGGGGACACAAACAAAGAUGGGUUGCUGAGCAUAGAGGAGUUUCUGGAGAUGAACACAAGGAACAUGGAAUUCGGGGGGCUCGAAAAUGUGCUCAAGAAUGCUUUUGAGGCCUUGGAUGUUGAUGUGGAUGAGGCUGUGACUGCAGAGGAGUUGUAUGAGGUUAUGGGAGAUGGGAUGGGAUCUGAGUUGAGCCUGGAGGAUUGCCAGGGUAUUAUUGCUUCUAUAGAUACAGAUGGGGAUGGGGCGGUCAGUUUUGAGGACUUCAAACUUAUAGUUAACUCCCUCUAAGAUUUCGUAGUCUAGCUAGCUCUAAUAUAUAUGAUCAAUGCAUUAAUAUCUUAUCCUGAAAUAAACACUGCUAUAUAUAUAUAUAUAUAUAUAUAU